GGGAGAGAUGUUGGUGCCAGUCCACUUCCUGCUGUUGCUGCUGCUCCUUGGGGGCCCAAGCACAGGCCUCUCUCACCAUUACUACAAAGCCAAGCCUCUCUUUAGUUGCCUCAACACAGCCCUGUCUGAGGUCAAGAAGGGCCCUCCAGAAGAUGCGCUCCUGAUGAGCAAGAGGAGCUUCCACUAUCUGCCUGUCCAAGACCCAUCUUCAGGAGAAGAAGAGGAGGCGGAGGAGAAGGAGGAGAGGAAGGACAAGGAGAGAAGGACUUUCCCUGGCUCCAGGGGUGGAGGUGGGGCUGGCAGUGCCCGAUACAAAUACCUGUCCCAGCUUAGGGGGAAGCUGGACCAGGACAAGGUCAAGAGUGAUCGGCAUACCAAGUUCACUCUGUCCCUUGACGUGCCUACCAACAUCAUGAACAUCCUCUUCAACAUUGCCAAGGCAAAGAACUUGCAAGCCAAGGCAGCUGCCAAUGCCCACCUGAUGGCACAGAUUGGACGGAAGAAGUAGAGGUCGAGGCCGGGCAGGAGGGCAGCACAUCAAGGAUGGGGCAAGGGUAGAGAGUGGGGUUACUGAGCGUGUGCUGUCCACCGGCCUUGUAUCUUGAGGGGUUGGGCCAGUGAUACUGGCUGCUUCACUGCUCAGUCCCUCUGACCUUUUCUUGCCUCUAGCCCGUUUCUCUCUCCUCUGUACAAACACACAGAAGUGCAGUGCUGUUCAACCUUUCCAGACACAAGGUAGUCAAUGUCUCUCCUUGUAUUUUGUGUCUCCUUUCUCCUUCCUUAUGAUGAGUCAAAUUUCAUGCAUCUCUCCUCUCCAAGCUUCUCCCUGUUGGCCCCACACCUGAACAGAGAGUGUCCAGGGCUCCUUUGUUUCCCACGCACCAAGGCAAAGAGACAAGGAGAUGUAUGACACACCAUGUGGCCACCAAGUCCCUUUCCUACCUCCUCA